AUGUCGAACCCAUCCUCUUCUCGUCCAUACCAUCCGCAGAGCAGGUUCUCGUUUCCAUGGGCAGCGCAACCCGAAAUCGUCCGAGCGUACCAAAAGGACGCAUACUACCGCGACCUCUUCGUCGACCAGUUCAAGGAUGUCGUACGGACCACACUCGGCGUUCGCGUGCUACACGCUAACUCGGAAAUCAUCGCUGUGAUCGGUGGUGUUGCAUACCUUGCAUUAUGCGCACUUAAUGGAGCGCAGACGCUCGGAGAGGAGUAUGUCAAUGCCAUGAUGGUUGAUGGGAAAACUGGGCGAAUAGCGAGGGGCAAGCGACGAGUCAUUUUCAUCUUUGCACACGCCCUUCUGCCGUACCUGGUAGCAAAAGCGUACGCCAGCGCACGGCGCUUCGUUGUGGGUUCUGACCAGGCGAGGCAGCAAGCGCUCGAGCGAGCUCGGUUGCGCGCACGAGCGAUGCUAUCAGCCUCACAGCGGGGGAAUCCGGACGCCGUUCAGAUCAGACCGGCUGUCACGGAUCGCAUCAUGACAUCUAUUGCGAAACAUCUUCCUGCUCUGGAGAGCUUUACAGCAUCCGACAGCUGGCUGGCGUACUUUGGAGCAGCCCAUCUCGCGAUCUUCUACCUAGCGGGGAGGUAUUACAGCAUUGCGCAGCGCCUUUCAGAUGUUCGCUAUAUCUCUACAGUCGCACAGCGGCCGAACCAGCGUCCGCCAUCUUACGAAGUGCUCGGCGUACUGCUUGGCAUCCAAAUCGGUGUCAAAGCCCUGCUCGGUUUGAAUCGAUAUCGGCGAGAACGGAGGAAAGCUCGAGAAGCUGUCACAGCGGCAGCGCGCGCUGCCGCAGGGCUUGAGGCGGAAAAGGAAGGCGGAGGGGCCAAGGGCAGAUCCGCUCGGGAGAAGGAAGUAGUGGUGAUCGAUGGCGUGCGCUGGACGCAUCGCAGCUCGCCUGCCGCCCCUGCGGACUCUGAUGCAGUAGUAGCAUCGCAGGGACCUACAGCGCCACUAGCCUAUGCUGAUCCAGAUGCAGUCAUCUCCCCCGCGGAACUCGGCCUACCGGCGAGCGCAUCGCGCCAGGACAUUGAGACUGCGCGCGCGGCGGCAAAGGCGCGUGCGAUUGAGCUCGAGGGGAUCGCGCAGACUGUACUAAAGUGCACGCUUUGCAUGGAGCAGCGUACGCCCGAGAAUGGCAGCAGCGCCGUCACGGAAUGCGGGCACAUCUUUUGCUGGGACUGCCUCAGUGGCUGGGCACGUGAAAAGCCUGAAUGUCCACUGUGCAGGCAGUCAAUAAGUCUUCAUCGUUUGCUUCCUAUAUACAACUUUUGA